GCCCUCAUUUAGUCUGCCUCAGAGUCCCAGUCAAACGAGACGUUAAUUUUGCGCGAGGAUAAUUUAUAUCAUAAAAUCUAAUCCCAGAUCGAAUAAGAAACUAACAGCCCUGUGGAUUAACAUUUCAGAAGAUAAUUUAGUUACUUCUUUUAUGGAAUUAUUAAUUUAUACUUAAUACAAUUCAAACGACGUACACAGAACGAACCAAGAUGAUGAAAUUAGGCGUAUUGCUUUUCGCUCUAUCAACAUCUGUAAACAGUCAAUGUUUUUACAAAGAUGAUUCUGCUAAGAAACCUGACCCAGCCGCUCGUUCAAGCUUAUACAAAAAUCAAUUGGAAUUCACAUUGAAUCUUUUCAAUACGAUAAACAAUGCUGUUCCUGAUGACAAUAUUUUCUUUUCACCAUUUUCGGUGUAUCACGCAUUACUUCUGGGUUACUUCGCCGCCGGUGGACAAACAGAGAAAUCCUUAAAAGAGUCUUUGCGGAUAUCAGAUACACUGGACAAGGUGAACUUGCUGAUGGCAUACAAAGUUGACAAGCGGGCGCGCGCGUUUAACAACAACAGCGACAGCUACGAGUUCACGAACGCUAACAAGAUGUUUGUCGACAAAGAACUUCACUUACGUCAGUGCUUGCUUGACCUACUUGGCGAAGAACUCGAGGCUCUGAACUUCCGCAAAAACCCUGAACAGUCCCGCCAGCAUAUAAACAAUUGGGUGUCUCAAAUUACCAAGAACAACAUCAAGGACUUGAUUCCUGUAGAUGGCAUCACGGACACCACGAAACUUGUUCUAGCUAACGCUGCCUAUUUCAAAGGCGUUUGGGCAUAUAAAUUCCCAGCAGAGAGGACGAAGAAACAAGUGUUUUUCGUGUCUGAAACUCGUCAGACCCUAGUACCUUUUAUGAGGCAGAAAGGGAUAUUCCAUUACACGGUUAGCGAUGACCUCGGUGCGCAGAUUCUGGAGCUGCCGUACAAAGGCAACGAUAUCAGCAUGUACAUCCUACUCCCUCCAUACUCAAUGAAGGAAGGAGUGACGAAUAUAAUCGCUAACUUGACCCCGGAGCGUCUCUCGGCCGUGGUGGAGGAAAGUUACAUGGGCCGAGAGGUGGUCGUCGAAAUACCUAAAUUCACCAUCGAGAGGAAUCUGCCCCUGAGACCGAUCCUAAGCACGAUGGGCGUUGGUGAACUGUUUAACUCAUCGGCCGACUUCAGCACGCUGUCUGAAGAUCAAGGCAUUGUUUUCGACGACGCCGUUCACAAAGCCAAAAUUCAGGUCGAUGAGGAAGGUACGGUAGCGGCGGCUGCAACCGCCAUCUUCGGGUUCCGAUCGUCGCGGCCAGCCGAGCCGAGCGUUUUCAUCGCCAACUUCCCCUUUGUGUACAUCAUCUAUGAGCGACCCACCAACUCCGUGCUCUUCAUGGGUGUCUAUCGGGACCCUAAGAAGUAAACUUAACAUAGCUGGGUGAUGGUGACACAUAAGUUCUAUCUUAGUCCCAAUUUGAUACUAAAUUCGAUGUCGCUAGAUAUAUUUGUACUUCUUAACAAAAAAAAGUUUAAAAACAACUAUUUUUUGCUAGUUCUUUUGAUGUCUGAGUCAUUUUAUCUCGAGCUAAUGUCUUUAGCCUUAUUUUUAUCUCCAUUUUCAAGGUUUUAAGUUUUCCGCAUUUAAGAAUUCACAAUUUCGACUUUAAUGAUAAUUUAUAUAUAGCUGAGAUGUACUUUAUGAAGCUGAAUUUUGGAGAAAUGUUUAGAAGUUUUUAGCAGUGACGUUACCUGUUCCCGAGUUUAAUAAAUAUUCGUUACUUGUAAGAGUAAUAUCGAUAAUAAUUUAUUUAUUUUGUAUGAAAUUGGAUUUAUUGGCGAUCGAAAUUCUGUUGUUUUUGUUAAUAACGUAAAAUUAUGUUUUAUUUGUCUACUUUUAAAUAUAUUAUAGUAAAGGUAGUUUUUAGUGUAAUAAAUUAUUAUAACGCGAUGAUUAUAAACUAGACAAUACGUUAAAAACUAAAAUAAAUGACAUUUUAUUUUUUUACGCA